AAGCACUACGCAAGACAACUCAUGCCGAAAAGAUGAAUACGUUUUUUAAGAACGUUCUCUCGGUGAAGUUUGAAGAUAUUGCGGAAGACGUGCUUUGUUUGGCUGUUCGGAAGGACUUGUUCCUUGAUGCAACAAAAGAGGACCCGUUGCAACAAAAUCGCUGGUGCAUUGACCAGAUUGCUUGGGCAGACAAGCAGCACCAAGUGAAUCUGAAGGGUGUGCGGAGGCGUUGCUUAAUUUUGCCACGCGAGCACUUUACUUCAGAGCAACUUGCAAAGAUUGAUGGUAUCGUCGGUGCUUUGCAAGUUUCCUUAGACGAAGCGCCCGAGGUGAGCUUGGCCGGUAAUCCUGCUGCUGCAACAUGUAAAGCGAGGCCACAUUUGGAUGCUUCGCAAACGUCCAGCGGCAUGGGAAAGCGCAAAAGCAGCGCCAUGGAAGCUACUGAAUCUGGAACGCAAAAUGCUAACAUGGAUCAGUCACUUCCAGCUAACGACAGUGACUUCUCACCACUAUCUAGCAGCACUCCAAAGAAAAUGACUGUAAAAGAUAGAGGCCACACAGGAAACAAAAUUCGAUCAUUUUCCGCUUCCGUUGUUUCUGAAGAUGAUCCCGAAGCUACAAAACGUGCCAUUCAUCAUCGUUUCGGAAAACUCAGCCAAGACGACACCAAUGUAAGCGAAUCCAACAAGAUCAUAAAAUGCGGGAAGUGUCAUGCGGCUCUUAUUCCGGACAACAAAGAUAAACCGUGGUUGCGCUGCACAGUCUGCCAACAUGCGUUCCAUCAUAUGACGACGGCGAUAACGGCGCCGGCGUUCCAAUCAGCCCAGAUGACAUAUCUGCAGCAGCCAGAUAACCAGCAGCCGUUGAUGUACUGGUCCGGACAAAUAUGUGCUCCGGUGCAGCAAGGACAGUUGAGCGGCCAGAUGGAGUCCGUCCAGCAGACAGGAUGGCGACCGGCUUGA